AUGAAUCGCUUCAAACUUGUAUUCUUUUCUCCUACUAAAGACACUGCCCGCUUAUUGAGUGCGUUAUUCUCCAAAUACCCAAAUAAUGUAGGGAAGAUAGGAAAUUACGAGCAAUGCGCGUUCGUCUCGCGGGGGACUGGACAAUUCAAGCCUGUUUCCUCCGCGAAUCCGACGAUCGGGUCUUUGGAAUGCGUCGAGUACGUGGAAGAGGACCGCGUUGAGAUUCUGGUCCAAGAUCAAGGUCGGGGCGAGGAAAUGAAGGAAACUAUCAAGGCAUUGAAGGAGAUACACCCCUACGAGGAGGUUGCUUACGAUGUUUAUAGGCUUGAAGACUUCUGA